GAGAGCUCGCGUAGAUUGGACGUUAAAUCGGUUUUCGCGCGCGGUGUUAUUGGUCGUCGACGCGAAUCCAGUCUGUACCUGGAAAAAGAUUAGGCUACCUCAGGCAUACCAAAGUAGGCAUAUCCUUAGUUGGCCAGUAGUCUUCUGUGUUGUGGAGCUUUGAUUAGAUUUGUAUUAUUAUACGUGUGGUUGCUGUCUGGGUCCUAUCGCGUUCAUAUAUUUUGUCGUAAUAUCCCACGAUUAAAUUAAAGCAAGCAUCUCACGGAUCUUAAACAGAGCAACAAAACGGAAGUUGAAAAUCGUAUCAAAUCAGAGUACCGCUUGAAGCAUUUAUGGCUCGUGUCGUAGGUUGCUGUGUAUUUAUAUUUGGUCAGGGCCAAAAGUGACCGUGAAAGGACAGGAACUCGAAUCAAAACAAAAUUGAUGGACCGGCGUUUUCGGUUUUAAUUUUCUGCGGAUGGUGUUUCUCUUCCACUCUAAUCUGUGAGUGUAGCGAAAAUAGAGAAAAAAGGUAGUGCGAAGGAAAAAAACGGAAAAGUUGAAUAAUUUCGAAGAAUUUUUUUUCCACCUCGGUUUAUUUUCUGGUGACAACCGAAUUGUAUCCACGGAAUGGGUUUCUCAAUCUUGAUUGCAAUUCGGCUGGGAGUAAUUAAUUUCCAAGUGUCGCAUUCUCGAGACUAAAAGUGCCCGUGGAAAUGGGCUGAAAAUGAAGAUUUACUUCGUUGUCAAUGUGCAGGCUGAGACCAGCCUUGAGAAAAAAAAUCAGUGAAGGUGGCAUGUUGUGACGAAAUCCGCAAACCCCAAACAAGUACGGGCAAAAGAUAAAGCACUCUGCAAUGAUAUGACAAUAUAUUAAAAUUUCGUUUCGGCCAACAUUAUCUUGAACCUCGAAGUGGAUUCGAGCGAGAACGAGAUUGGGCCUUAAGAGAAUGUUCAAAUAGCCAGCCGAAGAAGAAUGCGCUGUUUUGACGUGGUCGCUGGCAAACGAAAAAUUUUCUGGUGAAAGUUCAAGGAACGAAGAAUUAAGGAAAAUAUCUAAAUCACGAUUGGAUUUUUGAUUUCCGUUACCACGCGUUUGUAUCAAAACAAGUCAUGAUGCCUUGUAUGACAAAAGUGCGUCCUUAGUGACCAAUUCGCUUUUAGCUGCGUUGAAUGGAACAACUCGGCCACAAAAGCGAACAGCUGCUAGCAAGAAUCUGACUUCUUAUCCACACUUGAAAGUAUGUCCCCCAAAUAUACGGAUUGACCAGUCUUUGAGACCCCUUCCUCACCCCGCAAAAAUUUGAUUGUUCAAGAUGAGGAAGACUGCAUUGGCACACGUUUCCCUCAGAAGGGUGUGUCUUCCUACAAUGUUAUCCCUAGUAUUGCUGUGCUUGCUGAUGGCCGGAAACGUGCACUCGUACAUGCCCGGAUUUUCCGGUAGCGUCAAAAGCGAACCGUUCGAGUACGAUUGUUUCCCGGCCAAAAUGAAAGAAAAUCUCAUCCCCCGGUUCGCUUCCCGGCACCAAGAGGACUCCAUCGCGAUGCAGGUUAGCCGUCGUUUUACCCACCAAAUUGUGUCCCGGGUGUACGGCAUUUUUCUCAGAGAAAUUCUCGGCUACAAGAACGUGAAACUAGUAGAUGUACGCGAAGAGUCGCACACGAUCGAACGCGAACGGCUGUUUGUCACACUGGAACAUCUGGUAUCAGACGGCAUCAAAUGGCCGGAGCCGACGCUGGAUCUGGAGGUUUGGAUGCUUACGGAUUACCACUUGAUACCGCCGGAAAUCGACGAAGCCGGAGCAAUCACUCAUCCGGGUCGCUUCGGGCUGUUCAUACCGAAACCGUUGAUCCGGAAGGAGGACGUGUUCCCGAAAUUGUACCCCUACAGUAUGUUCCAAGAGGACACCAACGACCGAUGGUAUUACGAGCUAAUUAAGAAAUUCGAAGUCACUGAGGGGGUGUUAAGUGUACUGAGAGGGUGGGCAGAGCACAAGUGUUCCGAGGUGUGCAAUCAGGACGGAAUGUUUGUUCCGCCCCAGUGUGAAGAAGGGAAAAAGUGUGCUCUGGUCCUGGCGCCUCACUUCGAGGACACCAAGUUUAUAGUGAAACAUAUAAUCGAAUUGAAAUUUCAAAUGAAAGUGCUUUGGCUGGGGAGUAAAAUAAAACUCGGUAUCAAUCAUCUAAUGAGUGUUUAUGGAGGCGACAAAAAUAAAUCGAAAAAGUUUCUCGUCCUUCAUUGGACGCCAUCGGAGGUGAUUGAUACUAAAACGCUAGAAUAUGUGCCGAUUACCAUGCCCAGAUGCGAAGAUAUGAUAGUGAGUAACGACACUGGUUGCAAAUAUGAGCUAACUCCGUUGCUGAAAUUCCAUGCUCAAGAAUUUGGCAGCUCCCAACACGCCCUUCAAUCGCUGGUUCGGGUGUAUUUCGAUAAAACGGACAUUCAAGCGAUUAUAGAUCUGUACGAUAAGUACGAAACCCGAAUUUUGAACGCAACGGACGAAACGGCACUGGAUUACGAUGAGCACGCCGUAUCUAACUAUCACAACCAGAUAGCGUGCGAAUGGCUAACGGGAAAUGAAGAAAUCUGGCGAAAGUGGGAACCCCAGGGCGAACCAAAAAAGGAGGUCAUUUACGUCGGUGGCAUUUUCCCACUUUCCGGUCUCGGCAAAUCCUAUCUGGGGAUUCUGCCAGCGGCCGUGAUGGCCCAGCACGCUAUCAAUCUCAACGACACCAUACUGCCAAACCAUGAGCUAAUCAUUUCGGUUGGCGAUGGCCAGUGCAAGGCGGACACCGUUAUGAAAACUUUCAUCAACUAUUACAUCAGACAGCAGCGGAUGAUUGGCGUUCUGGGACCGGCUUGCAGCGACACAGCCGAGCCUAUCGCAGGCGUAUCGAAGCACUUCCGGAUGGCGGUCAUAUCGUACUCGGCCGAGGGGGCCUUCCUGUCCGACCGGAAGACCUAUCCGUACUUCUUUCGGACGAUCGGCGAAAACCGGCAGUACGAGCACGUGUACGCCCGGUUGCUGAAGCAAUUCAACUGGAACCGGGUUUCGGCUCUCACGGAGGAUGGCCAAAAGUCAACGGAAUACAUCUCGCACAUGGAAAGUCUGCUCAAAGAAAAUCACAUCGAACUGAUAUCGAACAAGAAAUUUCCCCGCGAUCGCGGCGAAACGGAGAUGAAUCGGUAUCUACUGGAUUUGAAGACGAAAAACGCUCGCAUUAUCAUUGCUGAUGUGGACGAGAAAGUGGCCCAAGUGAUUAUGUGCGAAGCGUACAAACUAGAGAUGACGGCAGAAAACGGGUACGUUUGGUUCCUACCGGUUUGGCUGUCAAAUGCCUGGAACUGGAGCCAGGAAGGCCGAUCGGUUCGUUCGACGGUUCAGUGUACCCCGCAGGAAAUGCUACGGGCCAUCAAUGGACAUUUUUCCCUGUCGCAUGCGCCCUUUGCCGACGACAGCCAUCUGCUGAGCAUACACGGAGGAAACACCACAGUCGGUGAUUGGCGCCAGGAUUACGAGAUGAUUCUGCGCAAUGGAAGUUUGAUUGCAUCAGAUUAUGCCGGGUAUGCUUACGAUGCGGUUUGGGUUUAUGCACUGGCCCUGGAUCGGCUGAUUAACGAGGAUCAUUCGUAUUUGAGCGAUUUGCAUUCGGUCAAGACGACAAAACGAUUGAUAGAGGUGAUCGAGGAGACGGAUUUCUUUGGCGUUUCCGGUAGAAUUCGGUUCAAUGAGGAGGGAUCUCGGUAUACGAUCAUCAAUGUGCUGCAGUGGAUCAAUGGGACGCCAAAUGUGGUUGGAAGUUUUAUGCCAAAUGUCACGGAGGAUGAGUACCGGUUAGUUGGAGGAACGUUGACGUUGAAUCAAUCUGCAAUCAUCUGGAUGACCCGCGAUGGACAGAUCCCGGAGGAUGGUGCAUUGGUGUGUAAUUUGAGUGGAUUAGCAAGGUUUUUCGGCACCGAUUGUGAUGGAGCUGUUCUGAUAUUUACCGGAGUAUUAUGUGUUUUUGUAAUUCUGAUGGUUUCGUUAGCUUCGUUUUGUUUCUUCCGUAUCCGGUACGAUCGAAAGAUGAAAACCUCAGCGAAGUACUUGCAGAAGUUUGGCAUUGAUUUGCUUUCGCCUUCGUCCAUACCGUUGAACUCGUUAGAUAAGUGGGAGAUUGCGAAAGAUCGUGUCGUGAUCAAUCGUCGUUUGGGAGAAGGAGCCUUUGGAACUGUCUAUGGAGGCGAAGCGCAAAUCGACGGAGACAAUUGGACUGCAGUAGCUGUGAAAACGCUGAAGAUCGGAUCGAAUACAGAGGAUAAAGUAGAUUUCCUCUCUGAAGCUGAAGCCAUGAAACGUUUCGAUCAUACCAACAUUGUGAAACUUUUAGGAGUAUGUUUACAAACUGAACCAGUCUACACUAUCAUGGAGUUUAUGUUGUACGGAGAUCUUAAAACAUACUUAUUGGCUCGAAGACAUAUGGUCAACCAGAAGCAGACCGAGGAGUCCGACAUCUCUCCGAAACGUUUGACCAUGAUGGCGAUUGACGUAUCUCGUGCUCUGUCUUACCUAGCAGAGCAAAAAUUUGUCCAUAGAGACGUAGCUUGUCGAAACUGCAUGGUCAAUGCUCAAAGGGUAGUCAAACUAGGGGACUUUGGAAUGGCUCGAUCAACCUUCGAAAACGAUUACUAUCGAUUCAAUCGCAGAGGAAUGCUCCCGAUACGAUGGAUGGCACCGGAAUCCCUUGCCCUGAACUUAUUUACCGCUUCUUCCGAUGUUUGGUCCUACGGUGUACUUUUGUACGAAAUAAUCACCUUUGGUUCGUUCCCUUUCCAAGGAAUGACAAACAAUCAAGUGCUCGAUCACAUUAAAAAAGGAAAUUGCCUAACAAUCCCACCAGGUGUUAAGCCUCAACUUGAAGGUCUCAUGAAAGCCUGUUGGAAUCCCGACUACAAAAAACGACCCAGUUCUUCAGAAGUGUUCGAGUUCAUCUCCAACUAUCCAAGGCUACUAAGUCCCUGUCUGGAUGUUCCGCUCUCUUCAGUUCAAAUGGCCGAAUCUGAUAGCGAUCAGUUUGAACUGCUACCCGGGUUGCACAAACGUAAAGAUGAACCCAUGGCCGACCUUCUGGAGGGAACUUCUCAGAUGAACGAUCUCAACCAAACGUCCUCCGAAUACACUGGCAUGAACAUGCCCCGUGGAAUAAACCUGAACGACCUGAACGUCAACACCGACUUCAGAGACACAAAACCCCCUCAAACCUCUGCAACACAGCACAGUCGAGCGACCAACGGUUCCAACACCUUGAACGUGUACAAUCCUGUAGAACCUCUUCUUCAACGAGACUCGGAAAUCUCCAGAAGCAGCAACAGUCUGCUGCGUUAUGUUCCUAUGUUUGGAUUCGGUAAGAACAAAGCACCAAUCCUCAUCACCCACAGUAACGGAUCGGUUACCAUUGGGCAUCGCAGUACCAGUACCAGCGUAUUAUAGCAUGAUCAAUCGCUUAAAAUCGAUCCACGAUCCACUGCCUCUAAUCUAAAGCUAACCCACGACAUCCCGAUUCGAAAGAAUUCCUGUUGAACAGGAAAACCUUCCACAGGUGCUUUUAUCGUAUGACGUUGGAUUCUUGCAUUUAAUUUAGAUGACUUCUACAACACAUUUUUUUCGGAACAUACGCAACAGUACAAACAUAAUGCCGUCCAUAUAAGUAGAAAUUUUUCAAUAGUUUCCCAACCCAAAAUCUGCAGGACGCAAAUCAAAUGCCCUGUCGAAAACCACCCAAUUUACGUUAAAGCAAACGUAUUGUUUCAACAGCAAAAAAAAGAAGCCAACAAUCAAAAUAAAUGGCCAGAAUCAACUUGGAUAAAUUUCCAAAGAAUCGCAAAUACCUCAAGGAAAAACUAUAAGCGAGAAUCAAAGUUAGCGCAUUUAUCGCCCAUCCUAAUCGACACUGUCAAACAGAAAGGUUUUGUAACUUAUUUUCGCGCAUUUAAAAUAUCGAACCACCAACCCGUUAAGAUGAUGCCUAUUUAGUAGUUAGUCAAAGAGCGAACAUCGAAUCGAAAGAUUAAAAAAACACAAUCAAAGACUGAAUAGUGCUAAGAGCAAUAGAAAAGCAAAGCAAGAAAUAUGUAGAUAAAAAAAGAGAGAGUUAUCUGUUAUAGGAUUAAUAUCAAUCUACAAUAGUGAAGUGCUAGGAUAUUGCUAUGAAAUCUCUUACCAGUAGCACCUUAUUUAUAUACAUACAUAUGUAUCUAUGCUGUAUUGUUGAAUAGCUAAUCGAAGCCGAUUAUGUCUAAGUUAUGGGCAGAAACA